CCUCCAGGUUGUAGUUCAGGGUUCUUUGGUACCGACUGCUCUGAGGUGUGUCGGUGUCAGAACGGAGGGGACUGUGACCACAUCACUGGUCAGUGCUCCUGUCGGACCGGAUUCAUCGGACACAGCUGUGAACUCAAGUGUCGUCCCGGUACGUUUGGUUAUGGCUGUCAGCAGCUGUGUGUGUGUAUGAACAACGCCACCUGUGACUAUGUGACUGGAACCUGCUACUGCAGCAUCGGAUACAAAGGCAUCCGCUGUGACCAGGCUGCCCUGAUGAUGGAAGAGCUGAAUCCUUACACCAAGAUCAGCCCGGCCUUGGCAUCAGAGCACCAGUCAGUGGGCGCUGUCAUGGGCAUCAUCUUCCUCCUCCUCUUCAUCAUGACCGUGUUGGGGGUGGUGGUGUGGUGGCGGCAUCACCAGAGAGAGAAAGGAGGGCAGCACAUGCCCAGUGUGUCCUACAGCCCUGCCCUGAGGAUCAGCAGCCAGGGUUACUCCCUCUCUGACUACAUGAAGGGUUCCCUGUCCAGCACCUGUUCUCUGAACAGUGAGAACCCCUACGCCACCAUCAAUGACCCGCUGGCCGUGGCCUGCAAACACACAGAGAGCAGCUAUGUAGAGAUGAAGAGUCCUGUCCACCACGACAUGUCCUACUGCCCCUCUGCUAUAGUCACCACCACCGCCACACACACCGUCAGCAAGAACGUCUAUGACGUGG